CCUUUGUCCAUGUGUGUCAAAACACCAAACCAGUUAAUUAUUUAUCCUUUUUUUUCAACUACAAAUCCAUAUUUCUGACCCAAUGUUGCGCUCCAACAAAAAGGAAAACAUGUGCCAGUAGCCUUCAAUUAUAACUACGAGAGAAUUUGAAUGACAAUACUUUGUUUGUCAAGAGGUAGUAUAAAAAGCCCUGAAAACAUGGGGAAUCGCUCCAUUCGAGACCAUGGGCAAGAUUAUCUUUUACGAGGACAAGAACUUCCAGGGUCGGAGCUAUGAGUGCGGCAACGACUGCACAGACCUUCACUCAUACUUUAGCCGCUGCAACUCCAUCAGGGUGGAGAGCGGCUGCUUCAUGAUCUAUGAGCGACCCAACUUCAUGGGCCACCAGUACUUCAUGAGGAGGGGCGAGUACCCCGACUACCAGAGGUGGAUGGGCUUCAGCAGCUGUAUCCGCUCGUGCAGGAUGAUUCCACUGUAUCGAGGCUCCUACAGAUUGCGUAUCUAUGAGAAGCCCGACUUCAGUGGCCACAUGAUGGAGUUCAUGGAUGACUGUCCCUGUGUGUCUGACCGUUUCCAUCACCGCCAUGUCUACUCCAGUAAUGUUAUGAACGGCUUCUGGAUCUUCUAUGAGUACCCCAACUACCGAGGCAGACAGUACUUUUUGAGACCUGGGGAGUACAGGAGCUUCAGGGACAUGGGCAUGAGUGGCAUGAGGUGGAUGAGCAUGAGGCGUAUCACUGACAUGUGCUAGACUUCUAUGUAUGACUUGAGUAAAUAAAAACAAUGUGUAAUUCAAAACCAUA